GUACUAGAGUUAAACUUCCCAGCAGGCAGAGCGCUCGCCUGGGACUCGAGCCAAGAUGGCGGGCCGUAAGAGUCCGCCACCGGCUGCCGCGUCCACAGCUCCGAUUUCUUUCGGUUUCACUCGCACAUCUGUCCGGAGGCGACUGGCAGACCUCGGAGACAGCGAAGGACAGCCCCCAGAGAAGAAAGACUUCUUGGCGACUGUGGAAGGGAGGGAGCUGCAGAGUGUGAACCCUCCAGAAGCUCCAAAGGAACUGGUUAUUCCAUUGAUCCAGAAUGGCUCUCGCAGGCAACUGCUGUCCAAGAACCCUAAGCCCUCCUCAGAAACGAGCACCGUGUUGACGUCAGAUGGUGUGUUGUCCCAGGCUGUGAAGGAACUCAUUGAGGAAUCCAAGAAGUCUCUGGAGGAGAGGGAGAAUGCAGGUGUUGACCCCACGCUCACUAUCCCCAUGAUCCAGAAAGGAUGUACUCCCAUUGGGGAAGGAACAGACAGCGAACCUCAGGCUGAGACAGGUAUCCAAUGCUCUCUUCUGACUUCCACUGAAACCAAGUGCGGAAGAAAGCCAUUCUAUGAGGCGGUGCCUGUGGAGCCUGGGAGCAGCCAUGUUGCCGGAAUGAGGCUGGAAACUGGCAAGAGCAUCGGCUUAAAACUCGUUCAGUCACAUGUGUGUAGUGGUGCACAAGCAUACGCAAGUAAAUCAAAAAUUAAAGCAAGUAUUUCUGAGGUGCGUUUGGAUGCUGGAAGGGUUGUGUUGGAGGCCUGUACUCACAAUCUUAUUCUUCUCUGCAGGGUAGUGAAGCCCCGAGUCAACUCUAUAAGGCCAAAGGGCUUAGGGCUGGGUGCCAACCUGAUGGAGACUCAGGCCUUGGCCUCCACUGGCUCUCACCACCCGCCAAGACCAGAUGGGGAUCGUGAGAAGGAUAAGGAAGGCCAACCUCAAGGGCUGAUGCAUGGAGGAGCUGUGGUGGUCCUUUCUGGCCCUUACCGGGGCCUCUAUGGGAAGGUAGAAGGCCUAGAUCCUGACAAUGUACGAGCCAUGGUUCGGCUGGCAGUAGGUAACCGCGUUGUGAAUGUUAGUGAGUAUUGCCUGCGGCCUGUUUCCCAGCAGGAGUUUGAUAGCCACACGUCGAAGCCAGGCCAUGUGAGCAAAACUUCCACAGAGCAGCAGCACAGAGCAACUGGAACAGCCUCAUCAGCGAAGGCCCUACAGAAUCAGGAAGACUCAAAGAGGAGGCAGAAGGAUUCAGAGAAGAAGCGGAAACACUCUCCUGACCGGCGGGAUAGACCUGUGCCCAAGACUGAAAAAGCAGCGCCUAGAAACAAGCACUGGUUACACAGGGACCUACGUGUGCGGUUCAUUGACAAAGUGCACAAGGGUGGCCGCUAUUAUAACACCAAGAUGACAAUUGAAGAUGUCCUGAGCCCAGGUACUUGUGUGUGUCGGACGGAUGAAGGCCGAGUUCUAGAAGGUGUGAAAGAAGGCAUGCUGGAGACCCUGGUUCCCAGGGGAGAGGGCCACCGUGUGAUGGUGGUACUGGGACCACAUGCUGGAAAGGUGGGACUACUUCUGCGUCGGGACAGAGCACAGAGUCACGCUUUGGUCCAGCUUGGGAGAGAGAAUCAGGUGGUGGAGCUCCACUAUGAUGCCAUCUGCCAGUACAUGGGCCCGGGUGACUCAGAUGAAGACUGACACAUGGACCACUGCCCGUCACUCAGGCUGUCACUACUUUUGUUACAAUUUAUAACAUGCCAGAGGAAGAUGGGAAAUAAUUGUUUGAGAUGCAAAGAUGGGGAUGUGACUGGAUAGAACAGGCUAUUUACCAAAAUUUAGAACAUAAUAAAAACCAUUUUCAAUGGUGAAAGGUUGAAAUCAAAA